GAGGGCACCAAUGAAAACGUCACGCGUGUGGUGUCGUGUCAUAUUUUCCGGCUUUGCGGGCGUAGUUUUUCCCUAAAAACGUGUGAAAAUCCUGCAAAAUGCGUGUUCUGUUGUGCUCAUUCCUCUUCCUAGGCACUCUUCUCGUCACCCACGCGGCCAUCGACGUGGAAAUUGAGAACAAGCACGUGGACAGGACAAUUGAUGUGAUCUCUCAGUUGGUGAAGAUCUCAUACAAGAUAACUCUGGAGGCGAAAUCCAAGAAGAACAUCAAUCUCUACACCUUUGUGGUGCCUGAACGCGAUGCUGAGCACCUGGCCUACAUCUCUGCCAAGGAUGCAACAAAGAAGGAACUGAAGCUGAGCGACACGAAGACAAAGUAUGGAGUGUCCUUCCGGAUCGCACUGGCGACUCCCUCGGCCAAUCCGGUGAUCUACAUCGAGACGGUGUUCUCGAAGCUGCUGCAGCCUUAUCCCACUCAGAUCGCACAGUCGGACAAGCAGCUUGUGCGCUACUUCGGCAACCUGUACUUCUACAGUCCAUACAAGACGCUCUCUCAGAAGACGGCCGUGCAUCUGGCCAGCCGCAAUAUCGAGUCCUACACGCAAGCGAAGCCCGUCUCGCUGGCCGAUACCAUCCUCACGUAUGGGCCGUACGACAACAUUGCGCCCUUCGCGGAGGACGAGUUGGCAGUGCACUACGAGAACCACUCGCCCUUCCUCACUGUCACACGCCUCGAGAGGACGAUCGAAGUGUCGCACUGGGGAAACAUCGCCGUGGAGGAGACCAUCGACAUGAUGCACUCCGGGGCCGUGCUGAAGGGCUCCUUUUCGCGCUACGACUUCCAGAAAGACACCCGAAGCGGACAGUCGAGCGUGAAGUCCUACAAGACCAUCCUUCCCGCCUCCGCGAGUGGCGUUUACUACAGAGACACGAACGGCAACAUCUCCACCUCGGCUAUGCGCGUGCUGAAGGACUCUGUUGAGCUGGAUCUGCGGCCGCGCUUCCCGCUGUUCGGCGGCUGGAAGACUCACUACACGCUCGGCUACAAUGUGCCCUCUUUCGAGUACCUCUUCUCCUCAGGCGAGAACUACCUGCUGAAGAUGCGCGCCCUGGAUCACAUCUUCGACGACAUGACCGUGGACGAGCUCGUGGUGCGCAUCAUCCUGCCCGAGGGCAGCGGCAACAUCAAGCUCAUCACACCCUACUCCGUCACGCGCUUGGCCGACAGCCUACACUACACCUACCUCGACACCUUCGGGCGGCCCGUGGUGGCAUUCACGAAGCGCAACCUCGUGGAGAAUCACAUCAGCGACCUCAAUCUCAAGUACACCUUCUCGCGCGUGAUGAUGCUGCAGGAGCCGCUGCUGGUGGUGGGCUUCUUCAUGAUCCUCUUCGUGCUGGUCAUCAUCUGGAUGCGCCUCGACUUCUCCAUUUCACGCGAAAAAGACGUGCACCACCACAAGGAUUAGAACAAGUUUGUCCAGUGAUUUCUGUGAAACAUUCUCAUCUGGAGGCAUUUUUGAGUCCAAUAAAGAGUGUGAAGAAAA